AUGCCCACCCCCAACCCGCGCGGUGAGACCCAACAGCGACCACCACCCAUCAUCCACAUUGCUAGCAUUCACACGCUACAAGAUACCACCAUGUGUCUCCUCUACAUCCCCCAACACCCCUGGUGCCACUGCCCCGACCCAACCGCCGUCGACAGCCGCGGCAACCCACGCUGCGGCCACCACGUAUGGAUCGACUCGACCAGCGUCGCCCACCUCAAGCCGCUGACCUCCCCAAACCCCCACGACACCCACGUCGGCGCCCUCCUCGCCCGCAUCCCCCGCCCGGCACCCCACUGGGACCACUGCUCCCUCUACCGCGCCACCCACCCCACAACAAGCACAACCACCACCACCUCCAGCACUACAACCUCCACCUCCACCACCACCCAAACGCCCACCCGCCAACACCGAAAAGAAAGCCCUCAAGAACCCCCCGAACUCUCCUGCCCCGCAACCCUCCUCCGCCAAUCCCGCCGCCGCGGCUCCGACCGCGGCUACAAGCGCUUCUACCCCUGGGACGGCCUGUGCGCGGCCUGUGACCGGCCGAGGAGCAGCAGCAACAGGAGCAACAGCAGCGGUAGCGCCGUCAUGCGCUCUUCUGGCGGUGGAAGUGGGAUUGGGUUGGGGUUGGUGCCGCUGAGGGCGCAUUGGGUUGAGGCCGGGGUGAGGGCGGGGACGGGGUUGGGGGGCCCUGGUUCCAGUUCCGAUUCUCGCUCCCGUUCCCGCUCCCGUUCGCGGACUGUGAAUGUGGGACGUGCCGGGGACGAUGGGUGGGAGGACUGGCAGGGGCUAGUUGCAGACGGGUAUGAGACGGUGGACGGGGAGGCGGUGGAUGCGGGGCUGCUGAAGACGAUUGCGGGCAGGGAGAGGCGCGCUCAUGGGGUGUUUGUCCAUAUGGUGGAGGAGAAGAAGGGCCGGGGAAGGUGGGUCGUGUAUGAGGACCGCUCGGCCGUGUAUCUGAUGCCGGGGUAUUAUGAUCCUGCGCUGGUGGGCGGGGACGGCAGGAAGAAGAUGGGGGUCGCCUUGUCGGCGGCGGCUUUGGCCAGUGUGGAGACGGUAGGCCAGAUCACUGAGCGCUGGAUUAAGAGUAGGAAAAGAACCAUGUAA